GUCACUCAAGGCGGCGGGUUGAGGCCGGCGGCGGCGGCGGGCGGAGAGAAAGGCAGCUACGCCACAGCCCAGCGGCGGCCAUUCGUGGAAAAAUAGGCCGUCCCGCUCCUCCCAGCUCCCGGCUGCGACCGGCCUUCUCCCCGCUACCCCCACCCCACCCUCCGCCUCCUCCUCCUCCUUCUCCUCCCCCCUAGAGCGGCGCCUCAGCGGGGCAUUAAUGCGGGAUGAGCGAUCAAAAGAAGGAGGAAACUAUGCCCACAGAGGGAGAGAAAUCUCCCGAGGCAGAGAAUAACAACAAUAAUAAUAAAAAAGGGAAAACUGGAGGCUCACAGGAUUCUCAGCCUUCACCUCUCGCUUUGCUAGCAGCCACUUGCAGCAAAAUAGGAACUCCUGGUGAGAAUCAAGGAACUGGACAGCAGCAGAUUAUUAUAGACCCAAAUCAAGGUUUGGUGCAGCUUCAGAAUCAGCCACAGCAGUUGGAAUUGGUAACAACUCAGCUUGCUGGAAACGCUUGGCAGCUUGUUGCUGCUGCACCUUCUGCUUCAAAAGAAAAUAAUACUCAACAAGGAUCUUCUGUUGCCUCAAGUGCAGCAAGUCCCUCCAGCAGUAACAAUGGAAGUGCGUCUCCUUCAAAAACUAAAUCAGGCAAUUCUUCUUCAACAACCCCUGGACAAUUCCAAGUCAUUCAAGUACAAAAUCCAAGCGGUAGUGUCCAAUACCAAGUGAUCCCACAGAUUCAGGCAACAGAAGGUCAAAUCAAUCCAUCUAAUGCUACUGGUCUACAAGACAUACAGGGUCAAAUUCAGCUUAUUCCUGCAGGGAAUAAUCAAGCUAUCCUCACAACUGCAAACAGGACAGCUUCGGGGAAUGUUAUUGCUCAAAACCUAGCAAAUCAGUCAGUUCCAGUGCAAAUUAGGCCUGGUGUUUCCAUACCACUGCAACUGCAAACUAUUCCUGGUACUCAGGCGCAAGUUGUAACAACCUUACCUAUAAACAUUGGUGGAGUAACCCUGGCAUUGCCUGUGAUUAACAAUAUUGCCACUGGAGGAAGUUCAGGGCAAGUUGGCCAGUCUACUGAGAGCGGAGUUUCCAAUGGAAAUCAGCUAGCGUCUACACCUGUCACUUCUGCCUCUGGUACUACCAUGCCAGAGUCUCCUUCCUCAUCUUCCACCGCUACGACCACUGCCUCAACAUCUCUGACUAGCAGUGACACGCUGGUAAGCUCUGCAGAAACAGGCCAAUACACAAGCACAGCAGGCAGCAGCUCAGAGCAGGCAACUGAAGAACCUCAAACCACUGCUACAGACUCCGAAGCCCAGAGCUCCAGUCAGCUUCAGUCCAAUGGACUGCAGAGCGUGCAGGAUCAGUCAGGUUCUCUUCAACAGGUCCAAAUUGUUGGUCAGCCUAUUCUGCAGCAGAUACAGAUCCAGCAGCCUCAACAGCAGAUUAUUCAGGCCAUUCCCCCACAGUCAUUUCAGCUCCAGUCAGGGCAGACUAUACAGACCAUCCAGCAGCAGCCGUUGCAGAACGUUCAGUUGCAGGCAGUGAGCCCAACUCAGGUGCUCAUCAGGGCUCCAACUUUAACGCCAUCAGGACAGAUCAGCUGGCAAACUGUGCAGGUUCAGAAUCUGCAAAGCCUUUCAAAUCUUCAAGUUCAAAACGCUGGGUUACCCCAACAACUAACCAUUACCCCUGUGUCUUCAAGCGGUGGCACAACCAUUGCCCAGAUUGCUCCGGUGGCUGUUGCUGGUACCCCCAUCACUCUGAACGCUGCACAGCUUGCUUCAGUACCUAAUCUUCAAACAGUAAGUGUUGCCAACCUGAGUGCUGCAGGUGUUCAAGUUCAAGGAGUUCCUGUUACCAUUACCAGUGUUGCGGGUCAACAGCAAGGACAGGAUGGAGUGAAAGUACAGCAAGCCACAAUAGCUCCUGUUACCGUAGCAGUAGGUGGCAUUGCUAAUGCAGCAAUUGGUGCUGUUAGUCCUGAUCAGAUAACACAAGUGCAGCUGCAGCAAGCUCAACAAGCUUCUGACCAGGAAGUGCAGCCUGGCAAGAGACUGAGAAGAGUUGCCUGUUCAUGUCCUAAUUGCAGAGAGGGAGAAGGAAGAGGCAGCAACGAGCCAGGAAAAAAGAAACAACAUAUCUGCCAUAUUGAAGGAUGUGGAAAAGUUUAUGGCAAGACAUCUCAUCUUCGAGCACAUCUGCGCUGGCAUACCGGUGAAAGACCAUUUAUAUGCAACUGGAUUUUUUGUGGCAAGCGAUUUACAAGGAGUGAUGAGUUACAAAGACAUAGAAGAACCCACACAGGUGAAAAGAGAUUUGAGUGCCCAGAAUGUUCUAAAAGGUUUAUGCGAAGUGACCAUCUCUCGAAACAUGUCAAAACUCAUCAGAACAAGAAGGGUGGUGGAACAGCCCUUGCUAUUGUUACCUCAGGAGAACUGGACUCUUCAGUUACUGAGGUUCUUGGAUCUCCAAGAAUUGUCACUGUUGCUGCCAUUUCUCAAGAUUCAAACCCAGCAACCCCUAACGUUUCAACAAACAUGGAAGAAUUCUGAAAGGAUCAUUUAUAUGGACACCUAGUGCUGCACUUAAGUUUACAUACCUUUCAGGAUAUGGAAGUGGGCUGGUAAAGUGGAUUACAGAGCAGGAAAUCAUUUUUUCAGUCAUGACUUCUGUAAGUGUUCCAGAUUGAAGGGUCAGCAUGGGAAGUGUACACCGGUGCAACAAGACAAAAAUUUCAAAGAUACAAACACCGCAAUUGAUGACUGGAUAACCAGAUCGAGGAAUAAUAUUUCCAUACUGUACUUUUUUAGUUAUAUGUCUGUAUAUCCUGUAACAAUUUUAAGUGAACUUUACCCCCCUAUUUUAGCAUUGUAUGUUAAUGUGUUUAUAAAAUCAGAUAGUAUCAAUGUAAAAGAGGGUGGACCUUGACUAGGAUUAAUACCAUUUGAUGAAGGUACUUUAUUUUUAACAUAAAUUUGUAAUAUUUUCAUGAAAGCAUCCUUUUCCCAUAAGGCACAGCAAAACUGAGUAUAGGAUGAACAAUAGUGGAUAUAUUUUAGGCUUUUGUUAGGCUUUUGCUCAGUCCAUAUAACACAUCAGUUAAUUUUGGCCAUCUUUUCUCAAGUUUUGGAACUACUCUAGAUGCAGUUGGAUGAUGCAUACUGUGAAGUGGUUCUGAGGUGGACCUCAGACUAAUUUUAACCACUACAUUAUAGUAGUGUGCAUAAAUGACAAUCAGUGUUUUCAUUACUCUCUUUGUGUAGAGAGCUAAGGUUAUGUAGAAUUAGUGUAUACGGUAGGAAAGAUAAAACCAUAGAAAGAUAUUAACAUAAGGUUUUACAAAAGUAAUGUUAACUUUAUGUAGGAUGAAAAAAAUUGUGUCAGUUUUUGGUAGUUCAUUUCUUUAUGUAUGUCCCUGCCCAUGACUAGGAGGUUGGAACUUGAUGAUCUUUAAAGUCCCUUCCAACCCAAAUCACUCUAUGGUUCUAUGAUUCUGUAUUUUAAAUUAUCUGUGCCCCAUCUCUAACUCGUAGGUAACCUGAAUCUUAAAAACACAAUUUUAACUAUUUAAAUGUUUUAAUUUUGUUAGAAUUCAUGGAAAUUAAUCAGACAAUUGAGUGUUAUAGCUCAUUCUCCAGCAACUCAUCUCUGUAAAUACUAGUUUAAUAUGUUGUGGUUAAUAUGCUGAGUUCUUUGUGCUUUGACUUAAUAGCCAAAGAAAAAAAAUUGUCACAUUUUAAC